AUGUUGAUAACCGUGAAUAUAUGAGUAUGUCGAAAUCUGAAUUGAAUAAAACGUUGGAUACAAAAAUUGAAAAACAACAACAACAAAAUGGAAAUACAUUUCGAAGAUUUCCAUUUCGUAGUCAAAGUUUACGUUUAAGUAAAAAAUCUAAAUCAUCAUCAAACAAUAAUAAACAAUCGCAACAAUUCAAUUCUUCAGAAGAUGGUAAUCAUCCACGAAAAUUUCUUCGACAACAAACAGUAAAUGGCAGAUUAUCAUCAACAACAUCUUUAAAUAAUCUUAUUUUGAGUAAAUUAUUGUUAAAAGAUCGUGAUCUUAUUAUCAUUUCAUCAUCAUCGAAUGGAAAUCAAAAUCUAUCAUCAUCAUCAUCGAAUGAAACUUACAAUAAACAAUCGUCGACACCAACAACAUUUUUCAAACGAUUAAGUCGCCAUCAAUCGAUAAAAUCGAUUCAACAACAACAACCACAACAAAAAAAUCGUUCCAAUUCGAUUAGCCAAAAUGCAUCAAGUUUAAAUUUUUUGGUUGGAAAUUUUCCACCACCACCGACAUUAUCGAAAACAACAACAGCAAAUCAUCAUUAUGAUGAUGAUGAAGGUGUUGUUACAUUUGAAGAAUCUGAAGAUGAUGAUGAUGAUGAUGAAGAUUAUCAUCCAGAUGAUAAUGACGAUGGUAGAUUGGAGAUAAAAUAUCAAAUUCCAGGACGUUAUCCACGAUUAGUUCGCCUGGUUCGUGAUUGUCAUCAACAACAACAACAACGUUUAGGUAUACAGAUUAUUGGUGGAUGUGAUUUUGGUAUACCGGUUAUUAUUGUUGGUCUACGACAGAAUUCUCCAGCACAAAAUUGUGGUAAAAUAUUUAUCGGUGAUCAAAUUUUAUCGGUUAAUGAUGUUCCUAUUAAUGAAAAUAAUACACAUAAUGAUACAUUAAGAUUAUUGGCUGAAUGUGGACCAAUCGUUUCAUUAUUAUUAAAACAUACUAAAUCGGUUAUGAAUUUCGAUCGAAAAUGGAAACAUUUGCAACAAAAUUUUGAUAAGAUUUUGUUAUCGAACAACCAUGAUGAAAAAAAUACUGAUGAUCUUGAUCUUGAAGCAAUAACCACCAUCAAACAUCGACAAAUGUCUUUGACAUUAAAAGAUGAUCAUCAUCUGAAUUCUUCAGUUGAAAAUUUUGACCACAAUGAUGAUGAUGAUAAUCAUAAUCGAUAUCGUAUCAAUCUUUUAGCAUCCACAAUAAGUCGUUUUGUAUCGUUUAGUGAUCGAAUACGUGAUUCGGGUUUUGAAAUUUUUUCACCAACAACAACAACCACGACGAGCAAUAAUGGUUCCAUUAUCAUCGAAUGCUUAAAUGAAGAUAUAUGUCGAAAAUGGUUUUCAUUGAUUAAAAAUACAAUUGAAAAUUUGCAAGAAAAUUUCAUACGAAAUUUCAAUAAACAUUUACCUCGAAAUGAACAUUUUCUUUAUAUGGGUUAUUGUUCGGAACGUCGAAUGAUUAUUGAAUCAUCAUCAUCAUCAUCGAUAUUUUCAUCAAAAUCUUCAUUAUUUUCAAAUUUUUUAUCACCAAAAUCUUCUACCAAUCAUCAUCAACAAUAUCGUUGGUUAUCCAGAUUUUUAAUCAUUAAAGGUGGAAAAAUUUUUCUUUUCAAAUGUCCACCAAUUGAAACAUUGCUAAAUUAUAAAAGAAAAUUUGAAAAUUUAUCAUUUCAACAACGAGAAAAACAAAGAAAAUAUCGUACAAAUAGUAAUGGUAGUAGUUUAGGUAGUGUUGGAUCAACAACAACAACGACAACAACAACAAGUGAUCAAAGUAAUUGUUCCAAUAACAACAACAACAACAAACCGAAACCACCAUCAAAUCGUUUGAUAAAAUUGAAUAAAUGUUUAGAAAAUGAAUUAGAUUUGCUGGCCAUCGAACAAUCAUGGCAUUGUUAUCAAUCAGAUUUUCGUUGUCAAUUGAAACGAAUCGAACCAAUCGAUAAUAGCAAUAACAAUAAACAAGAUUCAAGUUUUAUCAUCACUACAAAUGGUUUGGAAGCAAAAUAUUUUUCCACUGAAUGUUAUCGACAAUUAGAACGUUUGAAUAAUGCUUGGAAUUUAGCAAAUUAUUAUUCAGUUUUGAAAAAUGAGUGUAAAAUCUAUACCGUCGCAUUGGAACCGCUGAACAUAAUCGGAUCAUUUAAAAUUGAUUGGAAAAUGGGUUUUAGUUUUUAUGAUCCAAAACAUAAUGAAUUAAUUUGGUCAUAUCAAUUUUAUCAAUUAAAACAUUCAUCCGAUGAUGGUCAAGAAAUAUUAUCAUUAUCAUUUUUAAUUGAUUCGAAUGAUAAUCAUAAGAAUCAUCAUAAUGUUCAAAUUGUUCAACAUGUUAUACGUUGUAGUUGUUUGAAAACAAUCAUAUUUUCGAUUCAUUCAUUUUUAAGGGCUAAAGUAUUUAGUCUUUCGAUGUAAAAAAAUAACUUUUAAUUUAACAAAUUUAUUUUAUUAUUUUUUGUGAUAAUUUUGCAUUUUGAUCAUGUCGAUUCGAAUAAAAAAUUUUGAUU